AUGGGGUUAGAUGACGUUAUACAAGCCCAGGUGAAAGAGCUUAGGAAAAAGAGUUGCAUCAUUAAGGCGUCCCUUUUUUUCACUUUGUUGAAGGAUCCAACAGUGGACACUAUAUCGCUCUUGGAAUUCCGCCAAGAAGAGUUGCCACGUUUAAAUCAAAAGUUUGAUGACAUAAGAUUACAGACACAAUUGGAAUUGAUUGUGGUCGAUGAUUUCGAAAAAGAAGAAGAUGAGUGGAAUAAGUUCGAAUUUGAUUAUUUUAAUAUUCGUUCAAAUAUUCAGGAAAUAGUGAAUGCAAGGAAUAGUACCAACAGUAGCUGUCACAACUCAACCUUCAACACGUAA